AUGUAUAAGCUUGCGACAUAGAUAUUGUGCUUUGGAUAUACCGUCCAUUGGAUAGUUUGACCUCAUAGUUUUUGUCGUCGUUAUGAUCUACAGAGACAGCGCCCACUUCAAAUAAGCGUGUUUGUUACAAGUCAAACUAUCUGUUCCUAAUUUCGAUUUCAAGAUUUUCCUAAUUUGAGGCUUGCUUUAUCGCUCAUUGUCCAUUUUUUUCCUCAGUAUGUAUUUGUAAAAAAAGCAAACAAUAGUUAUGUAAUGUUUGAAAUCUGUCAAUGAAUACUGAAAAUAACUCCAAGUUAACAUUAUCAAAUUGCGUUUGUGAUAUUUGCCAGUGCUUUAAUAAUAAACUAGAAAAUAAACAAUAUACUCAUGUUAAGUGUAAAUUGGAUGAUAAAGUUAAAUUAUGGAAUCGUUACGAAGGAAUUGUGAAAUUUAUUGGUCCUAUUCAUUUUAAAAGUAAUGUCAGUGUUAUUCUUGUUGGCAUUGAAUUAGAUUCACAUAUUUCUAGAAUUACAUUAAAUGAUUAUAAUCUCUACUGUGAUCAAAUGAAACGUAUCCUUGUACCAACAACAUUUUUUACAUUAUUAUCACCAGGACAACGUGGUUAUCCACAAACUAAAGGUUUUAAAAUGAAUCCAAAUUAUAAAUUAAUACAGAAAAAUCGUGAACUUUAUAAAACUAUUGAUCCAAUAUUGUAUCAGUUGAGAUUUCGAAGAUAAAUGGAUAAAAGGUACUCACAUUGAUAGAAAGAGUUUGAUAAAGGUAAGAAUGAAAGUUUAUUAAUGUAUGAAAUUUGAUUUAAUAAUUGAAAUCACUAGUGGAUUGAAGCUAGACCACUAUGGAAAAUGUGGAAGCACUGGAUUCCGUUUCACUCCACUGGUCACUGUUUUUAACUAAAGGUACAGGAAAAAUAUCUUAAAGUCAG